AAUUUUACUCAACUGAUCAUUGGAUAAUAUGCAGCCAUAUGUAAAAUUGAGACGAGUCGCUUCCAGUAUUCCAGUCGUGCCAGAACCACCGAGCGGUGUGAACGUUUGUGCCUCGUGCGUCGUCCUCUAAUAAUCGUGUAUAUACGCGCGUAUCGGUGAUUUUACGACCAUAUCAAGUCGCACAUUUCCGAUAUAAUACAACUUCGUGAAUAUUUUAACUAAUUUCGUCUAUGAAUCAAACGUGAUAGAUGUUCAAAAAUCUGUGCACAAGAGAAUCACAAUAUCUGUGACACGUAAACGUGAACUAACGAGGCGAUCACGAACGUUUUCGCCUUUUUCGUAAGGUGUGAUCAUCGUGAACGUAUUUGAAAUAUUUUUGGCCAUUCGAAGAAGUGUUCCGGCAUUCUUAAAACCGGUGCGUUACCGCCUCGGGAACGAUUUCGAUCGACAACGUGAAGUGCACUGAAAGUAUUGGAGCUGCUACGAAGCGGCGAGAACGUGUAGCCAUGAAUAAUUCACUCGGCUGAGAGGUUGAAUUUCUCCGACUUUGAGAUACUCGAGAAGAAGAAAGAAAGAAAGGAGAGAGGGAGAGAGAGAAAGAGAGAGAGAGGAGAGACUGGAAGACAACAGAGAAUCACAAGAUGGGUGAGAUCCUCGGCUCGGCCAGCUUCCUCCAUCUAGGCGACAUCGUCAGCCUAUACGCUGAGGGCAGCGUCUCUGGAUUUCUUUCCACCCUCGGAUUGGUGGACGACAGAUGCGUGGUAUGUCCCGAAGCUGGAGAUUUGUCAAAUCCACCAAAGAAGUUCAGAGAUUGUCUUUUCAAAAUAUGUCCUAUGAAUCGCUAUUCCGCCCAAAAGCAAUUUUGGAAGGCGGCGAAACAAAGCGCCGGUGGUACCGACGCUGUGCUUUUAAAAAGAUUGCACCAUGCCGCUGAAAUAGAAAAGAAGCAAAAUGAGACUGAGAACAAGAAAUUGUUGGGAAGUGUAGUCUCCUACGGCAACGUCGUCCAGCUAUUACAUCUCAAAUCCAAUAAAUUUUUGACGGUGAACAAGAGACUUCCGGCGCUUCUCGAAAAGAACGCGAUGAGGGUGUAUUUAGACGCGAAUGGAAACGAGGGCUCUUGGCUCUAUAUAAUGCCCUUCUACAAGCUUCGAAGCGAUGGAGACAGUGUGGUCGUUGGUGACAAAGUGAUUUUGGAACCAGUGAAUGCUGGAAGACAAGGGUUGCAUGUGGCCGCUAAUUAUGAAUUGAGCGACAAUCCUGGUUGUAAGGAGGUGAACGUUGUGAAUUCAGCCACAUCUUGGAAAGUAACGUUAUUUAUGGAGCACAGAGAGAAUCAGGAGGAGAUUUUAAAGGGUGGAGAUGUCGUUCGACUGUUUCAUGCAGAGCAAGAAAAAUUUCUCACGAUGGAUGAGUACAAGAAGAAGCAACAUGUAUUUCUUAGGACCACUGGUAGAACGAGUGCCACUGCUGCUACGAGUAGUAAAGCUUUGUGGGAAGUUGAGGUAGUUCAACACGAUCCUUGCAGAGGAGGAGCUGGUCAUUGGAACUCUUUGUUCAGAUUUAAACAUUUGGCGACAGGGCAAUACUUGGCUGCAGAAAUUGAUACCGACGAACCACGUGAGACCACAAAAGGCAAGCGUGAUCCACCAGGACCGGUAUAUAGAUUAGUAUCAGUACCACAUAGUAAUGAAAUAAGUUCCUUAUUCGAGUUGGAUCCAACUACAUUAACGAGAGGCGAUAGUUUAGUUCCACAAUCUUCUUUCGUUAGAUUACAUCAUAUAUGUACAAAUACCUGGGUUCAUUCGACUAGUGUACCAAUCGAUAAGGAUGAUGAAAAACCUGUUAUGUCAAAGGUUGGCUGUGCCAUUAACAAAGAAGAUAAAGAGGCUUUUGCUUUAAGAUCUGUAUCACCAGUCGAGGUGCGAGAUCUUGAUUUUGCAAACGAUGCUUGUAAAGUAUUAGCAUCGAUUAGUAGCAAACUGGAAAAGGGAACGAUUUCACACAAUGAAAGACGAGCCGUAACCAGUUUAUUACAGGAUAUAGUAUAUUUUAUAGCUGGUUUAGAAAAUGAGCAAAAUAAAUCCGAAGCUUUAGAUUUAAUCGUUACUAAUGCAGUUAGAGACCGACAAAAGUUAUUACGAGAACAAUAUAUACUUGGUCAAUUAUUUAAAAUACUUCAGGCUCCAUUCUUAGAGUCUGCAGAAGGUGAGGGACCAUUUCUUAGGAUAGAAGAAUUGAACGAUCCACGACACGCGCCGUAUAAAUACAUGUUUCGCUUAUGUUAUCGAAUACUUAGAUUAUCUCAACAAGAUUAUCGGAAAAAUCAGGAAUAUAUUGCAAAACAUUUUGCUUUUAUGCAAAAACAAAUUGGAUAUGAUAUUUUGGCGGAAGACACUAUUACUGCAUUAUUGCAUAAUAAUAGAAAAUUAUUAGAAAAACAUAUCACGGCAGCAGAAAUUGAAACUUUUGUAGGACUUGUAAGAAAAAAUAUGCACAAUUGGGAAUCUAGAUUCCUGGAUUAUUUAUCAGAUUUGUGUAUUUCUAAUAGAAAAGCAAUUGCCGUGACACAAGAAUUAAUUUGCAAAAGUGUAUUAAGUGAAAAAAAUAAAGAUAUUUUAAUAGAAACUAAAAUGACGAAAACACAAGUUGAGGUUGAAGAGUUAGAUGAGAAACAGGAGAAUGAUGAACCGCGGAUUACUGUGAUGGAAGAAUAUGAAAUUUUCCUUAUAUGGAAUAAUGGAACAAAAUCAAUGUCAUUAAAUGAGUUAUCAAGGGGAGCAAAGAUAGGCAAUAUUCAAGAUGCGGCAAUAUUGGAUUAUUAUAGGCAUCAAUUAAAUCUUUUUAGUAACAUGUGUUUAAAUAGACAAUAUUUGGCAUUGAAUAACUUAUCACCCCAUUUGGAUAUUGGUCUUAUACUUAAAUGUAUGGAAGAUGAAACAGUACCAUAUGAAUUGCGCGCAUCAUUUUGCCGACUUAUGUUACAUCUUCAUGUUGAUAGAGAUCCACAGGAACAAGUUACGCCAGUUAAAUAUGCUCGACUGUGGUCUGAAAUUCCUUCGAAAAUGAGUAUUAAUGAUUAUGAUGCAAACAGGAUGCGAGAUCAAAAUAAAGAAGUUGUACGUGCUAAAUUUAGCGCAACUAUAAUGUUUGUAGAAGAUUAUUUGUGUAAUGUUGUAGCAAAAAUGUGGUCCUUUGCUGAUCAAGAACAAAAUAAACUUACAUUUGAAGUCGUUAAAUUGGCACGUGAUUUAAUUUAUUUUGGAUUCUAUAGUUUCAGUGAUCUUUUGAGAUUAACGAAAACGUUACUCAGUAUUUUGGAUUGUAUUUCAGAAAAUGAUGUAGCCGAUGGAAAAAUUCCAACUGGUGAAAUUGAUUCUGAUUCUGUGGAUUCUAAGGACAUAGCGGAAGGUGGAGUAUUAAGAUGUAUUGGAGACAUGGGUGCAGUAAUGACGAGCUUAACACUGGGACCAGCAGGACAAGUAUUAGCAGGAAGUUCUUCUCCAAGACCAAAACCACUUUUAAAGAAAGAAUAUCCUCUGGUGAUGGAUACAAAAUUGAAAAUAAUCGAAAUUUUACAAUUUAUACUUGAUGUUCGAUUGGAUUAUAGAAUUUCUUGUUUAUUGAGUAUUUUCAAACAAGAAUUUGAUGAAACUGAAAGAGCUUCUGGUGAUUUGAGUCUCGGCCAGAAAACUAUUGAUUUAGAAUUAAUAGGUACACAAGCGGAAGGUAUAUUUGGUAGCAGCGAGGAAUGUGUGGCGUUAGAUUUAGAUGGACAAGGUGGUAGAACAUUUCUGCGUGUUUUACUCCAUUUGGCAAUGCAUGAUUAUCCUCCACUAGUUUCCGGAGCAUUACAUUUGCUUUUUAGGCAUUUUAGUCAGAGACAAGAAGUUUUACAAGCAUUUAAACAAGUUCAACUUUUAGUUUCCGAUAGUGAUGUUGAAUCUUACAAACAAAUAAAGUCAGAUUUGGAUGUUUUAAGACAAUCAGUUGAAAAAUCGGAACUUUGGGUUUAUAAAUCUAAAGCAUCAGAAGAACAUGGCAAUAAAAAAAAGAAAAGUAAAGAAGACGAGGAUGAUGCUACUCCUCGUAAGGCACCACCACAACUAUCUACGACAGAUAAGAAAGGAUCUGCAAUAGAUUUAGAUAUUGGUCCACCAUUACAUGCAGAUCAAGCGGAGGAAUAUAAGAAAAUACAACAAAUUUUAAUUCGAAUGAACAAAUUAUGUAUCCAAACGAUAGGUGGUCAGAUAAAACCACGAAAACAUGAACAAAGACUUUUACGUAAUGUUGGAGUACACACCGUUGUUUUAGAUUUAUUACAAGUUCCAUUUGACGCGAAAGAAGAUGUUAGAAUGAAUGAAUUAAUGCGAUUGGCACAUGAUUUCUUGCAAAAUUUUUGUUUAGGAAAUCAACAAAAUCAAGUUCUGUUGCAUAAACAAUUAGAUUUAUUUCUAAAUCCUGGUAUACGUGAAGCUCAAACGAUAUGUAGUAUUUUUCAAGAUAAUUCGACUUUAUGCAAUGAAGUAAGUGCUAAAGUGAUACAACAUUUUGUACAUUGCAUAGAAACUCAUGGGAAACAUGUGCAAUAUUUAAAAUUUCUUCAAACAAUAGUAAAAGCCGAAAAUCAAUUUAUCAGAAAAUGUCAGGAAAUGGUGAUGCAAGAAUUGGUUCAAGCAGGUGAAGACGUUUUAGUUUUUUAUAAUGAUCGAGCUUCUUUUAAUCAUUUUGUGGAAAUGAUGCGAUCUGAACGACAUCGGAUGGAUGAAAGUAGUCCACUUAAGUAUCACGUAGAAUUAGUUAAAUUAUUAGCUUGUUGUACAAUGGGCAAAAAUGUUAAUACUGAAAUUAAAUGUCACAGUCUUUUACCAUUAGAUGAUAUUGUUGCUAUGGUAUCACAUCCGGAUUGUAUACCAGAAGUAAAAGAAGCAUAUAUAAAUUUUCUUAAUCAUUGUUACAUUGAUACAGAAGUAGAAAUGAAAGAAAUCUACACAUCAAAUCAUAUGUGGUCAUUAUUUGAAAAAUCAUUCAUUGUAGAUAUGGGAAUUAUAGCAACAGCUACGCAUGAUCGCGAACAUGCUGAUAUAUCUCUGGAAAAUUAUGUGACAGGUUGCCUAAUGAAUAUCAUUACAACGUUCUUUAGCAGUCCAUUUUCAGAUCAAAGUACCACAGUACAGUACAUCAUAAUGGAGAAACAUCUCCACGAGGCUAGACUUUAUUGGAACAUCAAGGAAAGUGACCGGAUUACUGAUACUAAUCUUGCUGGCUAUACUCGACAACCUAUAUUCGUUCAAUUACUUCAUGCGGCUUUUAAAGUUUCACAAUGCUCAUGGUUAAAUGCUGGUCAAAGAUUUAAUGUUGAAAAUUGUAUACGAACGUUGUCGGAUGUAGCUAAAGGGAGAGGUAUAGCCAUUCCAACAGAUUUAGAAAGCCAAGUUGCUUCUAUGUUUAAUAAAGCAGCAAUGCUUAGUAGACAAACAAGUAAAUGGCUUCAAGCUGCAAAACAACCAAAGAUAGAACGCACACAAAGUCAGAGUGACUUAAUUUGUGAGGAAGAUAGGGAAGAAAAAGAUCAGCUGAUGCGUUUGGAUCGAAGUAUCAUAGAAGGUUUACAAGAUAUAGUAUCGUUAUUAGAAGAACAAUUGAAACCACUAGUUCAGUCAGAAUUAUCUUUAUUAGUGGAUAUACUCUAUCGACCAGAAUUACUAUUUCCAGCUGCGACUGACGCUAGAAAACGAUGCGAAAAUGGCGGCUUUAUCAAAAGAUUAAUCAAACAUACCGAAAAAUUACUUGAAGAGAAGGAAGAAAAAUUAUGUGUAAAAGUGUUAAGGACUCUUAGAGAAAUGAUGGCUAUUGACCCUGAAUAUGGAGAAAAAAGCGAAGAUGUCUUGGAAAAAGAGGAAACAGAGCAGAAGGCCGAGUCACAAGUUGGAAUAGACUCUGUUGAUGAGUCUGAGACUCGUCCAAUGACUCAGCAAGAGCGGGGAGAUGCGCUAAGAAACAAUCUCCUGGCUCGUUACUUUGGAAAAUCUUUUAUACAAAAACCGGAAACCGUGGAAAUCGGAGUUUCGCAUAGUGCUCCAGUUACUCAUGGACCAGGAGCUAAACUAUUGAGUCGGGCGGGCCGCACUUUGCACGAAAUUCAAAGUCAUCUUGAUCGUGAAGGCGCCUCGGAUUUGGUAGUGGAGUUAGUAAUUAAAAGUGUACAUUCUCCGAGUAUAUUUGUCGAAGCUAUAGAACUUGGUAUUGCAUUAUUAGAAGGAGGAAAUCCUAUUAUUCAGAAAAGCGUAUACAAUAAAUUGAUGGGUGGUGAUUUAAGCCAAUCCUUUUUCAAGGUAUUUUACGAUAAGAUGAAAGAUGCGCAACAAGAAAUCAAAUCUACGGUUACUGUAAAUACCUCUGAUAUAGCAGCUAAAGCUCAUGAAGACAAAGAGCAGAAUAAAGAAAUAGAAAAAAUAUCGAGAAAGCGUACAUCAGGAAAACCUAAUGGAAUAGUAAUAACAGAUGAAUUACGAGAGGAAUUGAAUCAGGCUGCAUCAUCCACUGUUCAAGCGUAUGCGAAUGUUCGUAAUCUUGCUUCUGGUGAUGAUGCAUCAAAUAAUGCAGCUCUCGGUAGUGCACUCGAAGACAUGAUAGCUGAAAAAUUGGAAAGGCAUCGUACUGGAACGAGUGGUACGGAAAGAGAUGAAGGGCAAUUGAGCGCGAAGGUUUUAGUAAUGCAACCAAUUUUACGUUUCUUGCAAUUAUUAUGUGAAAAUCACAAUCGUGAUUUGCAGAAUUUCUUACGUAAUCAAAAUAACAAAACGAACUUUAAUUUAGUAUCCGAAACGCUUAUGUUUCUGGAUUGCAUCUGCGGUUCAACGACUGGCGGAUUAGGAUUGUUAGGAUUGUAUAUAAAUGAACAUAAUGUUGCGCUGAUCAAUCAGACUUUAGAAACAUUAACAGAAUAUUGUCAGGGACCAUGUCACGAUAAUCAGAAUUGUAUCGCGACUCACGAGUCUAAUGGAUUAGAUAUAAUUACAGCCUUGAUACUGAAUGAUAUUAAUCCUUUAGGAAAGACUAGAAUGGAUUUAGUGUUAGAAUUAAAAAAUAAUGCUAGCAAAUUAUUGCUCGCUAUAAUGGAAAGUAGAGGAGACAGUGAAAAUGCAGAAAGAAUUAUGUAUAAUAUGAAUCCAAAACAAUUAGUUGAUGUUGCAUGUCGUGCGUUUCAUCAAGAAUCUUUAGAUGAUGAUGGUGAUACAGAUGAUUCCUCUACAGAUGGUGAAGAAGGAGUAUCACCCAAAGAAGUUGGGCAUAAUAUUUAUAUUUUAUGUCAUCAAUUAGCACAACACAAUAAAGAAUUAGCAUCGAUGUUAAAACCAUCUGAACAAAAUAAUGCAGAUCCAAAAAUUAAUAAAGCACUACAAUAUUAUGCAACUCAUACAGCUCAAAUUGAGAUUGUUAGACAUGAUAGAACAUUGGAACAAAUUGUGUUUCCUAUUCCUGAAAUUUGUGAACUUAUUACAUUGGACACAAAGAUUAAAGUACUACAUACUACAGAACGUGAUGACCAAGGAUCAAAAGUUUCAGACUUCUUUGAAAGGACUGAAGAUAUGUUCAAUGAAAUGAAGUGGCAAAAGAAACUUAGAGGACAACCAGUACUAUUUUGGAUGAGUAGUUAUAUGUCACUUUGGAGCAAUAUUUUAUUCAAUUGUGCAGUACUCAUAAAUCUUAUUGUAGCUUUCUUUUAUCCAUUUGUAGACUCUGUGCCUAAACUAAGUUCACAUUUAUCUGCUCUUAUUUGGACGGUAAUGUUAUCGUCAGCAGUUAUUGUCAUUACACUACCACGAGAAUCUGGUAUACGAACGCUAGUAGCUUCAACAAUAUUACGAUUGAUUUUUUCUAUAGGACCAAAACCAACGUUAUGGUUACUCGGUUUCCUUACGGUUGUAUUAAAAGUUGUACAUCUUAUAAGUAUUAUAGGUAAUCAGGGCACUUUGACAAAGAGCUUAGAGCAAAUAGUGACGAAUGUUGAACUUUUGUAUCAUAUAUCAUAUCUUAUAUUUUGCGUUCUUGGUAUUUGUAUGCAUCCAUUUUUCUACUCAGUUUUACUCUUUGAUGUAGUGUAUCGUGAAGAAACAUUGCUCAAUGUAAUAAGAUCUGUUACAAGAAACGGAAGAUCCAUUAUACUUACUGCUGUAUUGGCAUUAAUUCUAGUUUAUAUGUUUUCUAUUAUCGGUUUUAUGUUUUUCAAAGAUGAUUUUCUAGUAACAGUUGAUGAAAAUCUUGCAUGUAAGUAUAAUAUAUAUCAUUUUAUAAUUAUCCUUAAUGCUAAAAAUAUUGAUUUUCUAUUUAUAUUAAUUAUAGCAUCAUAUGUGACUGAAAAUGUAGAUACUUGUAAUGCUGUUGAUAAUGAAAGAUGUGAAGCAACAGAAACAGUAUCCCGAUAUAUACACGAAGCUCAUGAAAAAGACACUCUAGCAGAAGUAAUUAAUGUUGGUGGAGAAUUAAAAGAACGAGCAUGCGAUUCUCUGGUUAUGUGCAUUGUUACAACUUUGAAUCAAGGUUUAAGAAAUGGUGGAGGUAUAGGAGAUAUUUUACGGGCACCAUCUAGUACUGAACCUUUGUUUGUUGCUAGAGUUGUAUAUGACUUAUUGUUCUUCUUCAUUGUAAUAAUUAUUGUUCUGAAUCUGAUUUUUGGUGUUAUUAUUGAUACAUUUGCUGACCUCAGAUCAGAAAAGCAGCAAAAAGAAUUAAUUUUGAAGAAUACUUGUUUCAUUUGUGGAUUAAAUAGAUCGUCUUUCGAUAACAAGACGGUUUCCUUUGAGGAACAUGUAAAACACGAACAUAAUAUGUGGCAUUAUCUAUAUUUCAUUGUUCUGGUAAAAGUGAAAGAUCCUACAGAAUUCACAGGACCAGAAUCUUACGUGUAUGCUAUGGUGAAGGAUCGAAAUCUUGACUGGUUCCCGAGAUUGAGAGCUAAAUCGUUGGCAGCAGAUGAGGGAGAAGGGGAACAAGUAGAAUUAAGAAGUUUACAAUCUCAAUUAGAAUCCACGCAACAAUUAGUGAAAUGUUUAUCUCAACAACUUACCGAGCUUCGCGAUCAGAUGACGGAGCAACGAAAACAGAAGCAACGGCUAGGCCUUUUGAAUUCUGCAUCGGCAUUUUUACACAACGUACCAGCGUAAAUCUAAGUAAUGCACUUCAGAAUUUCGUUUUUAAUCAUAUAGGAAUCUCAAUUUGAUACUCUAACAUGAUAUUUAAUUGAUAAGUUUGUGUGUUCUUAAAAAGCAUUUAAAGACACAGGGAAGUACUAUGAGAGUAACACACGUAGCAUUUGUACGGUUUUGUUCCUAACUUCAAAGAAAAUUAUUUAAGUAGAAUAGUAAAACUCAAAUUUAUUAAAAAUAAUAUUAAUUUUGUUGUUUUUAAAUGAAGAAAAAGUACAUUUUGUAAUGAAUUGCAUCAUAUAUGUUAAACAAAUUUAGUCGGUUAAUUGAAAAAUUACAUUAAAUAUUUAUAUUAAUUAUAAUUAAUAAAAGAUAUCAAAUUAAUUUCAUUUCAUGCAAAUAAUUUUAGUAGGGUCCGUGUUACUUAAAACGAUCAGAAACAAUCUUAAAGGAUGGCAUGAUUUUUAUCAUUACAAAUAAAUAGCCAAAGGAGUGUAUCAAAGUGUGCUGUUAUAAAUAAAAUAUAUCUAAAAUUCUCAUUGAGAUUUUAAUAUAUUUAUGAUUUGUUUAAAAUAAAUCCUUAAGAAUAUCUAAGAUCUAUCCAUUAAUGGAUAUGUAAAAUAAAUAUCUGAUUGAUUUUAUUAGUAACAUUGAUUUUUGGUUGUGUUAUAGAUGUUUAAGUUUGUAAAAUAGAAAAAUUUUUCAAUUAUAUAAUUUUUAAAAAAAUUUUUAUAGAGUAAUUUCGUAUGAUAGAUCGAGAAACAUUAGAUUUUUCUCUCUUAAAAUUUCAUUAAAAAAUACGCACAGAUUUUUAAGAAACGUGCGUUAAGAAAUUUUAAUAAAAUAAAUAUCUUUUUUAAAUAUUAAAAAAAACAUUAAACAUUAUAUUAUUAAAUUAUUUACUGAUUUUUAAAUUUAAUUUAAAAAAAUUGUUAAAAUAAAAAAUUCUUGAAUAAAUAAUUGUUAUCUGAUUAUGAAUUUAUAAAGCAAUAGAAAGCAAAAGAAUAAAAUAAGAAUAAAAUAAUCGUUAUAUAAUUGUACGUCUGUUAUAAAAUUUUAAUGCUUACUAAUAUCGUUUAAUAGAUAUACUAAUAAUUUAUAGUGAUGAGAAAUGUGAAUAAAUGAUUACGAUUAUUUCGAAUGAUCAUUAUGCAACAGAUUUUUAUGUGAUUUCUCGUAAAUAUUUAUAAGAAAUUAAUGUCAAUGAAUAUUAUUGUUUAGUUCUGAAUAUAUAGAUGUAAGUUAAGAUAAUUGUUAUAUCUAAAUUAUGUUAAAUGAAAAUCUAUAAAAAUUGUUAUUAUGCACCGAAUAUACACGAAUAUCGUGAGCAAUAUAAUGUUACGUUUUCAAUUUGUUAAAAUUUAUUUUUCAUUAUAUUAACAAUGUUUUACAUUCAUCCUUGUCUAUAUAUGUAUAAACAUAUAUAUAUAUAUAUAUAUAUACAUAUAUAUAUAUAUAUAUGUUGAUAAUUUGUUUUUUUUUUUAAAUAGCGAAAAUAGAUGUACAUACGCAUACAUUUUGUUAAAUGUUUAUCACACUUCACAAUUUAUAUUUAAGAAUACAAUUAUUGCAAUUAGAAACAUGGUUUCUGUUUGUGCCAAUUUUAUAAAAUAUUAGCGAAUCGUUAUUUGAGAUUUUCAUCUUAAAUCAAAGAAAAUAAAUUAAAUCGCAGAUAUAUUAUUUAUAGAUGUACAUGUUUCAUCUUCCGAUCGUAGGAUAUAUAAAUAUGUAUGUAGAAUUGUAUUAAAACUUGUAUGUGAAUAAAUUUGUCUUUUUUUUAUCAAAUCAA